AUGACCACAAGAGCAAGAGAACUUCAGCCUUGUGCUUUUAAAAGAGAUCUCAAGCCGGAAAACCUGCUCUUAGACAGCAGCGGAUACGUUAAACUGGCUGAUUUUGGGCUGAGCAAAGACGGAAUUGGCUACGAAGGCCGAACAAGUAGCCUGAAAGGAUCUUUUGGCUACAUGGCGCCAGAAGUCCUCGCCAGGGAGCCAUACUCAAGAUCUGUCGACUGGUGGUCUCUGGGCAUUGUAAUAUACGAGAUGCUAGUUGGGGAGAAACCAAUGCUGAGACCAUCUACUGGUUUAGUCAUCCCGACGUUCCUGGCAGGAGAUGCUGUCAACUUAAUAUCAGGGCUCUUACAGCGGGACCCAUUGAAGCGGCUGGGCUCAAGUGAAGAAGAUGCAUGUGAUGUUAUGCAUCAUUAUUUCUUUCGAAGCAUUGACUGGAUGGCUUUGCUAGAGAGAAGAAUGCAGCCCCCGUUCAUACCUGAGGAUGUUAGACUUUCCGAGGAUGGAGAUCAACAUCUAGUUCUAACUCCUCCCUCCGAGGGUUCCUUGUCCAUGGAAAAGGAGAUUGCGGAAGCCUUUAGGGACUUCGAUUAUACCGCAAUGUAG